AGUCAUUUGCAGUCAAGUACAUUGCUGUGAUUGGAAAUGGCAGAGUGGAGUGGAGUGGAGGCAAUUCAUCAGUGGAAUUCCACCGGGGGGAGUGACUACACUGGGUCUAUAUAUUGGGAUGUUUUGUGCGGUGGAUUUACGUAAAUGAGAGCGCAGAACGAGUCACCGCGGCAAGGACUACUCCCCCUCGGCCACACACUCCAUCCAGCAUGGAUUCGUGCUUGCGCGCACUUUGCGCGACUUUCGUCAUGUUGUCUUUUGGCCGCGGGUCAGGUGCGCUGGGCCCGGUGAUCAGGUGCGAGCCGUGCGACGACGGCGCGCGCCUCUCCUGCAAGCCUCUACCCAAGGGCUGCGCCGAGAGGGUCCGAGAGCCGGGCUGCGGCUGCUGCCUGACGUGCGCGCUCAGCUCCGGCCAGCCGUGCGGUGUGUACACGGGCAGAUGCGGCGCCGGGCUCUCCUGUCAGCACCAGCCCGGCGAGACCAGACCUCUGCAAGCGCUUCUGGAGGGACGCGGGCUGUGCGCCAACGCCACCAGCGCUCGACGGCUCGCGGAGAGCCCGACGCCUCCUGUCAAUGAACUGCCAGAGACCAUCGAGACUCGAGACGAGGAGCACAACUCGACCGGCGGCGUCCUACAUAAGACGCAGCAGGGCGCACGCGGCAGAGCCACGGGAGUCGCGAGACCGCCGCUGAACGCCUUUCUGCCCUCUGCCAAGGCUGAAAUCUUACGACGGGAGCAGCAGAAGAGAAUUAAAAGCUUUAAAAUGGAGGAAGUGCCCGGGCCACUCCUGACAGACCAACAGAACUUCUCCCUGGAGAUCAAAACAGAGCCCGAGUAUGGUCCCUGCCGGCGAGAGAUCGAGAGCAUCCUCAGCAGCCUGAAGAUUACAGACAUCCUCAACCCCCGAGGUUUCCGCAUCCCCAACUGCGACAAGAAGGGCUUUUAUAAGAAAAAACAGCUUCACCUUGUCCCUCCUCUUCACUCGCAGUGCCGUCCAUCCAAGGGCAGAAAGCGAGGCUUCUGUUGGUGUGUGGACAAAUACGGGCAACCCUUGCCAGGUUUGGAUGGGAAGGAGAGAGGAGUCGCCCGGCACUUGAGCCAGUAGGAGCCCAAAAGGGACUCUGCAGGGAGGGGGGGAGCGCUAAAGAUCUGUAAACAAGCACAGACGCUGAGGAUAUCGGGAGAGAGCCGAUAGGUGGAUGUUUGCUCUCUCUAUCUGCGGGACCUUUUUGUACAAGGAACAAGAUGGAUUCUUCAUGAACAUUUGUGACAAAGAAGAUGAUGGAAGGCACAGUUGAGAGAAAUGCUACACGGCAAUGACUUUUGAAAGGGCGAAUGGGUGAGUGAGUUUUCCAAGCCACCUAAAAUAAGUCAAUGUGGUAAAAAUAAACAUCACCUCCGCUUGGCAUGGUCCGGUGCUUGGGCCUGAAUAAUAAUCACAAAAGUGCAUUUGCAUUCAUUCUCCAAAAGGAAGCUUGCGUUAGUUACUCAGGGAGUCAGCCAGUCCAGUGCAUUCCGCCCACAUUGAUUGGUGAGCACAGCAAUCAGCACAAUUAACCGCUAAUAUCCAAUCAACAUAAGGUAAGAACUGCAAGGAGCCAUCGUUUUGGUCAGGCGCCUGAAAUGGGAUACGGGUACAUUUCUAUUGGAUCGCCUUUAGGGACUGGUGAAUACUGAUACCGGGUAUCAGAAUCGGGCUGAUAUCAGCCCUAUAACUCAUUCACUGCAAACCCAGUUAAUAUCUUUGAUAUCAUUGCCACUGAAUGAGUUCAUGCAAAAAUGACAGUAUAUUAUAUGACAGUACGUCCUCCUCAGCAGUAGUUGGCGCUGUACUGUGGCAGUUUGACACAUCGCUGAAUCAUCAGAAAGAAGUCUGUGCUGAAUAAAUUUUUUUAUGUCAAAAGGACAAGCACAGAUGUCAAACUUUGAUCCGCUAGGGCGGCGAUUCCGCAUGUUCUCAAUGUCUCCAUCCGCCAGCACACCUAAUUCAGAUGAUCAGGAUCGUUAUCAGGUGUGUUGGAGGAAGGAAACAUCUAAAACGAGCGGCAGUGGCCGUCGAGGACCAGAGUUGGACACUUGUGUACUAGAGGUACCGGUCCUCCAUCAGUGAGUACUCAAAGAGUAAAUACUCACACUGGUAUCGGUCUGGAAAAAAGUGGUAUCGAACAUCCCGAAUUGCUAUUUGAAUAAUCAAACAAGCGCACAAUUUCUUCCAAAAUAGUGUUUGACUCAUGUUUGUAUUAAGUUAAUACAUCCCGAUUGGUUUCUGUACAGUUUCUGUUAAUGUUAUGGCAAGACAGGACAUAUUCUUUUGUAAAUGUGCUGAAAACAUUUAGCAAAGCCUGCUCGAGAUGAAUAAAUAAUAAUAA